AUUCUCCAUUUCCAAAAAAAUCCCGUCUUUAAAUUCCACCCAAUUUUUCCGCCUUCUUAAUCAUCUCUCUCUCUCUCUCUCUCUCUCUCUCUCUCUCUAGUCUCUACAAUGUGGAACUCCUCUGUAAACAUGUUUGCAAGAACAGGGGAAAACAGAGCCGAGGACGACGAGGAGACGCUCCGGUGGGCGGCGCUGCAGCGCUCUCCGACGUACAUUCAAGCUCGAACGUCCUUCUUUCGCAACGUUGCUGGAGAAGUAUCGCUGGUUGAUGUCGGUAAUCUAGAAAUCCAGGAGAAAGGCCAGGUGUUGGAUAAGUUGAUCAACGCUGUUAAUGAGGAUACAGAGUUGUUCUUCAAUAGAAUCAGAAAGAGAUUCAAUGCAGUUGAUUUGGAAUUCCCAAAAGUUGAGGUUCGAUUUCAGGACCUGAGAGUGGAUGCUUUCAUCCAUGUUGGAAGCAGGGCAUUGCCAACUAUACCCAACUUCAUUUUUAACAUGACUGAGGCUUUCUUGGGGCGAUUAAGGAUUUUUCCAGGUAGAAGAAAGAAGUUGUCAAUUUUAAACAACAUCAACGGUAUUAUUAGGCCAUCCAGAUUGACGUUACUUUUGGGACCUCCAAGCUCUGGUAAGACAACAUUGCUUUUGGCCCUUGCCGGACGUCCUGGACCUGGUUUGCAGAUGGCAGGGAACAUAACAUACAAUGGACAUGAUCUAAAGGAGUUUGUUCCCCAGAGAACGUCUGCUUAUGUUAGCCAGCAGGACUGGCAUAUGGCAGAGAUGACAGUAAGAGAAACUCUUGAUUUCUCAGGACGUUGUCAAGGUGUUGGGUUUAAGCACAAUAUGCUUUUGGAGCUUUUGAAAAGAGAGAAGGAAAACAGGACGAUACCUGAUGAAGAUCUUGAUAUAUUUAUUAAGGCUUUAUCCCUUGGAGAGCAAAAGACAAGUCUGGUUGUGGAGUACAUUAUGAAGAUUUUAGGAUUAGACAUUUGUGCGGACACAUUGGUGGGGGAUGAAAUGAUUAAGGGAAUCUCUGGGGGCCAAAAGAAGCGGCUUACAACCGGUGAAUUGCUAGUUGGUGCAUCUAGAGUGCUCCUCAUGGAUGAGAUAUCAACUGGACUUGAUAGUUCAACUACCCGCGAAAUAAUCAAAUAUCUUAGAUAUGCAACUCAUGCUCUAGAUGGGACCACUAUCAUCUCCCUUCUACAGCCAGAUCCUGAGACAUUCGAGUUGUUUGAUGAUAUCAUUCUUCUGAGUGAGGGACAGAUUGUAUAUCAGGGACCACGUGAGGCGGCUCUUGAAUUCUUUGCAUAUAUGGGGUUCCAGUGUCCAGAUAGGAAAAAUGUGGCUGAUUUCUUGCAAGAAGUUUUAUCAGAGAAAGAUCAAGAACAAUAUUGGUUCCCUGAUAUCUAUUACCAGUAUGUACCUGUGGCAAAGUUCGCUGAUGCUUUUAAAUCGUUUUGGGUUGGCAAUGCUUUGUCACAAGAUUUGGCUGUUCCCUUUGAUAGACGUUAUAACCAUCCAGCGGCCCUAUCAACUUCGACCUAUGGUGUGAAGAGGACAGAGCUGCUCAAAAUCAGCUUUUCAUGGCAGAUGCUGCUUAUGAAACGGAAUUCAUUUGUCUAUAUCUUUAAAUUCAUACAGCUUCUGUUCAGUAUUGUGAUCAUGAUGACUGUAUUUUUUCGAACAACGAUGCAUCAUAAUUCAUUGGUUGAUGGAGGACUCUACCUGGGUGCACUUUACUUUGCAAUGGUUAUGAUACUUUUCAAUGGAUUUAUGGAAGUCCCAAUGUUGAUAGCGAAGCUUCCUGUUAUCUACAAGCACAGGGAUUUGCGUUUCUAUCCUUGCUGGGUUUAUACCCUUCCUUCUUGGGUUUUGAGUAUUCCAACUUCACUUGUGGAGUCUUUUAUAUGGGUUGCAGCCACAUACUACACAGUCGGGUUUGAUCCUCAAAUAACUAGAUGCCUCCAGCAGUUUAUAGUAUACUUCUUUCUGCACCAGAUGUCAAUAGGGCUUUUCCGUGUGAUGGCUUCCCUUGGCCGUAACAUGAUAGUCGCCAACACCUUUGGAUCAUUUGCAUUGUUGGUUGUCAUGGCUCUAGGAGGAUUUAUACUCUCGAGAGAUAGCAUUCCAUCUUGGUGGAUCUGGGGUUACUGGUUUUCUCCUUUGAUGUAUGCUCAAAAUGCAGCUUCUAUAAAUGAAUUUCUUGGGCAUUCAUGGGACAAGAGGGCUGGAAACUACACAACUUUGUCUUUGGGUGAGAUGUUACUAAAGGUCCGCAGCUUAUUUCCUGAGGGCUAUUGGUUUUGGAUUGGUGUGGGUGCUUUGCUUGGUUAUACAAUUUUAUUCAACAUCCUCUUCACACUUGCUUUGACUUACCUGAACCCCCUUGCAAGUCAUCAAGCUGUUGUUUCUAAGAAAAAGCCCGGACACAAAGCAAAGGGAGGGGAGAGUGAAUGUGCCAUUAUUGAGCUGGGAGAGUUUUUGCAACAUUCACACUCAUAUACUGGAAGAGAUGUUAAAAACCAGAGAGGCAUGGUUCUUCCUUUUCAACCUCUUUCAAUGGCGUUCAGCAAUCUUAGUUAUUAUGUCGAUGUCCCCGUGGAAAUGAAAAAGCAGGGUGUGGUAGUAGACAGGCUGCAGUUACUUGUCAAUGUUAGUGGAGCAUUUCAGCCUGGUGUGCUCACUGCUUUGGUUGGUAUCAGCGGUGCUGGUAAAACUACUCUAAUGGAUGUUUUAGCUGGUAGAAAAACUGGCGGAAUUAUUGAAGGGAGCAUUUACAUUUCCGGGUACCCUAAAAAGCAAGAAACAUUUGCAAGGAUAUCUGGCUAUUGCGAGCAGAAUGAUAUCCAUUCGCCCUGUUUGACAAUUCACGAGUCACUUAUGUUUUCUUCUUGGCUGCGGUUAUCUUCACAUGUGACUUUGGCAACACAAAAGGCAUUUGUAGAUGAAAUAAUGGAACUUGUCGAGCUCAGUCCACUAAGCAAAGCUUUAGUUGGUUUACCAGGUGUGGAUGGGUUAUCAACUGAGCAAAGGAAAAGGUUGACCAUUGCUAUUGAACUUGUUGCCAAUCCUUCUAUUGUCUUCAUGGAUGAACCUACUUCAGGGCUGGAUGCCAGAUCUGCUGCUAUAGUCAUGAGAACUGUGAGAAAUAUUGUCAACACUGGGCGGACAAUUGUUUGCACCAUUCACCAGCCUAGCAUUGAUAUCUUUGAGUCCUUUGAUGAGCUUCUACUAAUGAAACGUGGAGGGAAGCUAAUCUAUGCCGGUCCAUUGGGAACAAGGUCUUGUAAGCUUAUUCAAUAUUUUGAGGCAAUUCAAGGAGUCCCAAAGAUUAAAUCUGGCUAUAACCCUGCGGCUUGGAUUCUAGAGGUCUCUUCUCCAGCAGAAGAAAUUCGACUUGGCGUGGAUUUUGCUGAAGUUUAUCAGACAUCAAGCUUAUUUCAGAAAAAUAAAGACCUUGUGGAACAGUUAAGCAAACCACAUAGGGAAACAAAGGAUUUGCACUUCCCGUCAAAGUAUUCUCGGUCAUUUUUUGCCCAGUUUCUAGCAUGUCUUUGGAAGCAAAACCUGUCGUAUUGGAGGAAUCCUCAGUACACUGCUGUACGCUUCUUCUACACGGUCAUCAUAUCAUUGAUGUUUGGAACAAUAUGCUGGAGAUUUGGUUCUAAAAGGGACAACCAGCAGGAUAUCUUUAAUGCUAUGGGAUCCAUGUAUGCAGCAGUUCUAUUUAUCGGGAUUACAAACGCCUCUGCUGUGCAACCCGUAGUGUACGUUGAAAGAUUCGUUUCUUAUCGAGAGAGAGCAGCAGGGAUGUAUUCAGCUCUACCAUUUGCAUUUGCACAGGUUAUCAUUGAGUUCCCUUACGUCUUAGUACAGUCAGUUAUUUACAGCGCUAUCUUCUACUUCAUGGCCUCUUUUGAGUGGACCCUGCUGAAGUUUAUGUACUACUGCUACUUCAUGUAUUUCACCUUGCUGUACUUCACAUUCUUCGGAAUGAUGACAAUUGCCGUCACACCUAACCAUAACAUCGCUGCAAUCCUUGCUGCUCCAUUUUAUAUGAUAUGGAACCUCUUCAGUGGAUUCAUGAUUCCUCACAUGAGGAUCCCUAUUUGGUGGAGAUGGUAUUAUUGGGCAAAUCCAAUAGCCUGGAGUUUGUAUGGCCUUUUGACAUCCCAAUAUGGAGACGUGGAAGAAUCGGUCAAGCUCUCUGAUGGAAUUCAGUCAGUGCCAAUAAAGAAGCUACUUGAGGACCAGUUUGGGUACCGACAUGAUUUUUUAGGAAUCACUGCGAUUGUAGUGGUUGGUUUCUGUUUGCUCUUUUCUGUGACUUUUGCUUAUGCAAUCAAAUCCUUCAACUUCCAAAGGAGAUGAGGAGGAGGAGGAGCACAGUAUAAUGCUGUUCAACAGCUAACAGAUACGUUCUUAUUUCAGCUAGAAGAAGGAAUAAGGUUAAUCGCCACAAAGAAUACGGAGGCAUCAGUGGUGCUCAUGACACAGUUAUUCAGCAGAGAUGUUUCAAAUGACUGUACUCUUAUUAUUGUGUAUCAUGUAGAGAAGUCUAAAGUUGAUUGUGUCAUUCAGCAGAGAUGUUUCAAAUGACUGUACUCUUAUUAUUGUGUAUCAUGUAGAGAAGUCUAAUGUUGAUCAAGUUGUAUAUGAAUAAUGUCUAUAACCCAUGGAAAACCCUCUUCGUUCUUGUUUCAUUAUCA